AUGCAGGGAGUGUGCUCAGGCAGAGGAAGAGAAGGAAGGAUGAAGAGCGAAAUGAGGCAGACGGACAGUGACACAGAAGAGCAAAACCGUGUGGUUGGAGCCAUGCAGCUGUACUCUGUGGACAGGAAGGUGUCUCAGCCCAUCGAGGGGCAUGCCGCCGGCUUUGCACAGUUUAAAAUGGAGGGCAACACUGAAGAAUCCACCCUGUUCUGCUUUGCGGUGCGAGGGCAGGCCGGAGGAAAGCUGCAUAUCAUUGAAGUAGGGACCCCGCCCACUGGGAACCAGCCGUUCCCAAAGAAAGCUGUCGAUGUGUUCUUUCCUCCAGAAGCACAGAACGACUUCCCUGUGGCCAUGCAGAUCAGCUCCAAGCAAGACGUCGUCUUCCUCAUCACCAAAUACGGCUACAUCCACCUGUAUGACCUGGAGACUGGAACGUGUAUCUACAUGAACCGGAUCAGCGGGGAGACCAUUUUCGUCACCGCCCCCCAUGAGCCAACUGCCGGCAUCAUCGGAGUCAACAGGAAAGGACAGGUGUUGUCUGUGUGCGUGGAGGAGGAAAACAUCAUUCCCUACAUCACCAACGUGCUCCAGAACCCGGACCUGGCGCUGCGCAUGGCCGUCCGCAACAACCUGGCCGGUGCUGAGGAGCUGUUCGCCCGCAAAUUCAACACUCUGUUUGCAGCGGGGAAUUACUCCGAGGCUGCCAAGGUGGCGGCCAACGCACCCAAGGGGAUCCUGCGGACCCCAGACACCAUCCGUCGUUUCCAGAGUGUUCCCGCCCAGCCGGGCCAGACGUCUCCGCUGCUCCAGUACUUUGGCAUCUUGCUGGACCAAGGCCAACUGAACAAGUUUGAGUCUCUGGAGCUGUGCAGGCCCGUCCUGCAGCAGGGCCGCAAGCAGCUCCUGGAGAAGUGGCUGAAAGAGGACAAGCUGGAGUGCUCUGAGGAGCUCGGAGACUUGGUGAAGUCUGUAGAUCCCACUCUGGCCCUCAGCGUCUACCUCAGGGCCAACGUCCCCAACAAGGUCAUCCAGUGCUUUGCAGAGACCGGACAGUUCCAGAAGAUUGUCCUCUACGCCAAGAAGGUGGGCUACACUCCAGACUGGAUCUUCUUGCUGAGGAACGUCAUGCGCAUCAGCCCAGAGCAGGGCCUGCAGUUCUCCCAGAUGCUGGUCCAGGACGAGGAGCCGCUUGCUGACAUUACACAGGUAAAAAAACAAAACUUUUUCGCAUGGACCAUCAACGGAGGCUUGGAGCUGAAGAGGUACGGGGGCCCUCUGGGCAUCACCAUAUCAGGCACCGAGGAGCCCUUCGACCCCAUCACUAUAUCCGGCCUGACCAAGAGAGGCCUGGCCGAGAGGAGGACGGAGCUCCUGCAGCUCCGAUUGGCCGAGCUGACUCCAGCCGCGGCAGCACCUCCGGGGGAGGGGGGGGUGGAGGAGGAGGAGGAGGAGGAGGUCUGA